AUGGAUGAAUUGGGGCUCAACGAUGGAGCCAUUGGUGGAGACACAGCCGUGAGAAGAGAUGUAGAAGGGGAUCCAGCUACCAUCGAUACCUGGAAAAGACAGAGGAAGGUGGUUCGACAUCAACUUACGACUACUACGCGCCAAAUUGACACCCUCAUUUGCUCCCAUGGAUCGCGAGGUGCCAUCUCAGCGCUGAUGCGACAUCUCGACAGUUUGCUGGCAAGAGCAAACCAGCUUCAUUCUGAUUUAAUGACGGUUGAAGAUCAGGCUGAAAACGACAGACAGGACAGCAUGCAUCUAAGACAUAUCCAGCUCGCUGGCGAAGUUGUUGAGAGGGCCGAAGAUCAUCUAGCCUCAAGAUCUGCCCCUGUAUCAGACGCAGCCCGUCUGACCGAAAACCUCAGAUCCGCCAGGCAGAGAGCAGAUGUCGCGCAUCGUCAAGCAGAAGAAGCUCGUCAGCAAGCCGAAGAAGCUUCCAGUCAAGCUGAGGUCGCCCGCGUUGCAGCAGAAGAGGCUCAACAAGCUCUGCGACAAUUGAGUCUGGAAGAGGAUCGCUGCACCUCGGUUAGCCAAGCCAGUAUUCCAUUCACUUCCCUCGCGUCCAACUGGUUGCAACAACAACGUCAGCUCAGUUCACUGGAUUCUCAAGCAGCACCAGACGAUUGGAUUGAUCAUUAUGCCGCCGGGCGUCUGAGGCCAAACAGUGGACCUCCUUGCAGUUCGUCGGUAAGAACAGAGCUUGAGAACUACACCGGCAAAGCUCUCGACUGGUUCGAGUGGAUUGAUUUGUUUCGUGCCCUCGUCCACGAUACCAGGAAAACCGCCGGAGAGAAACUUGCUCUGCUCAAACGCUAUCUGAAAGGCGAUUGUUCUGACCUAGUUCACGGACUAGGAGGCGGUGAAGCCGCCUAUAUGGAAGCAUUGCGUCGCUUAAAGCAAUCUUGCGGUUGUCGAGAUGUGAUGAGAGCCGCGCACCUUCAGGCGAUUGACCGGUUGGAAUUGAAGAACGACCCAAUCGGAUUCAAACGUUUCGCUGAGAAGAUGAGGUCGCAUUUGUUCGAACUCAGCAGGAUUGGAGAGACCUAUGCACCGGACCUGAUUGAAAAGGUUUGUCUGCGCCUCCAACUUCCAGAUAGACUAGCCUGGAAUGACGGACGACUGGGAGGAUUGGAAACAAGGAGUCUGGACAUCUUCGGCACAUGGUUGAGUCAUAGAGCAGCGGCUUAUCAGAACGCCUACAGCAUCGCAGCAGAGCAGCUUCAUAGCUCUGUACCCAAGUCCGGUAGUCGUCAUCAAGCCCGCAGUCAUCAAACCUCCUCCAACCGGAAAACGGAUUACCCUUCUUCUCCCUUUAAAGGCGCUUCCAGUCUUUUCUGCUUUAAAUGUGAAGGCGACCACAAGCUGGAGAACUGUGGAGACUUCAAGUCGUUGGCAGUGGGAGAGAGAGUGGCUUUUUGUGCCAAACACCGAUUGUGCUUCGGUUGCUUUGGUACCAAGCACUCCGACAGGUUCUGUGCCCAGAAGAGACCCUGCAAGUUUUCCGAAUGCCGUCUCUAUCACCACGGGCUCCUCCACGACUCCUCCAGAGGAUUUAGUAACCCGCAAGCAGAGUCAUCCAGAACGACCAUGGUGCAAACAGGAAGGCAAAGGCCUUGCAGAGUAGCCAUGGGUAUGAUGCGGCCUAAGAUCUUGGACCGCGACGGAAACGCAGUGAUGGCCAAUGUGUUAAUCGACGAAGGCAGCGACUCUACCUUGAUCCGACAAGGAUUCGCGAAGAUUCUCAAGAUCGUUGGGGUCCGUCAAAUCCUAACCGUGGAUGGCGUCGGGAGUGUAGUGAAUCGCUAUGCAUCUAAACGCUUGAAUUUUCAGAUCAGCACCGCUUCCGGCAAGAUACUGAAUCUCUCUUGCUCCACUCUUCCCACCGUCGCCAGUGCUACCCCUGUGACAGAUUGGGCGACCCUUAAGUUUCGCUGGGCGCAUCUUGCAGAUCUUCCAGUCACGAAGUCCGGCGGGAGAGUAGACAUUCUAAUUGGCACCGAUUACUCUCACCUUUUGGUUCCUCUCGAAUCUAGGGUCGGCCGAGACUAUGAGUCUACCGCCACCAGGAGUCGUCUGGGUUGGCUUAUUCGAGGCGUCGUUCAAAAUGACGCCAUCAUUGCUGCUGUGCGCACGCACAAGAUCACUAGCUCUACACACCUCGAAGAGUUAACAGUGGCAUUUCGCCAGUUUUGUGAUACCGAAAACUUCGGGACGGAAUGCAAAUUGGUAGGCAUGUCUGCAGACGAACGACAAGCCCUUGCCAUUUUGGAAGCUGGGACCCGAAAAUUGGAGCUAGGAUAUGAGGUUCCUAUCACUUGGCGGACAGGCGAACCAAACCUCGUCUGCAAUCGUCUGAUGGCCCAACAGCGUCUUCGGGGUCUUUUAAAGCGGUUCGACAGAGAUCCGGCAUUCAAAACCGAUUAUCGAGUCGCUAUGAAGAAGACGAUCGACAAGGGCUAUGCCUCCAUACUUUCCGAAAAGGAAGCUGUUUCAGCAAGAUAUUUCCUAGCUCACCACGGCGUCUACAAGGGUCCUAAGCUUCGUGUCGUGUUCGAUGCCGCGGCGCCGUUCCAUGGGAAGUCUUUGAACGACGCAAUUCUCAGCGAUCCAGCUCUUCAACCUUCUCUUCCAGCCGUCUUAACCCAAUUCAGAGAAGGAGCCGUAGCGUGGGCGUCAGACGUAGAAGCAAUGUUUAGUCGCUUCCGACUUAAUCCCUCCGACGCUGAAUAUUUCUGCUUUCUGUGGCAGGAUCCUGCGGCUUCCAAAGCUCUAGUGUGCCGGAUGAAUCGCUUACCCUUCGGUGCUACGUGUUCUCCAUUUAUCGCCAUCCACACCACUCGACGGGCCGCUAUGAAUGCAGAGGUGGAAGAAGAAGUCGUCAACGCUGUCAAGACGAAGAUGUACGUCGACGAUUAUUUGGGAUCAGCCACAACGGUCGACGAAGCGGUAAAGGAGGCUGCAACCAUGCACGGGAAAGAUGGGCCAUCAGUAUGUCCUGCGUCAGAUUUGCAGCUGACGGAUAGUGGGAGUGAGAAAGUGCUUGGAGUGGUUUGGAUCUUUCGGGACGAUACGCUGGGUUUUCGAGUCAACUGCCCGCAAGACGAGGAAUAUACUAGGAACAGCCUCACUAGUAAAGUUGCUUCCGUGUUCGAUCCACUAGGAAUAGCUGCACCACUUGUCGUAAAGGCCAAGAUUCGGUUGCGAGAACUCGGAAUUAAAGGAUUGAAUUGGUCCGAUCCCGUGGACGAAAAUGAUCGAGCUUGGUGGGCUUCCUGGUUUACCAGCCUUCGAGAUCUCGUUCUGGUCUCCAUUCCCCGUUGUUUAUUUUCAGAGCAAUCUGAAAUCGGAAAUUCCCAGCUGCACCUUUUCGGAGACGCUUCCGAAGAAGCGUACGCGGCGGUGGUGUAUCUCCGCAACGCUUAUCGUUCUGGAAGUGUCCAAACACGGAUGGUGAAAGCCAGCAGUAAACUCGCGCCUAAAAAGACGCUGUCGGUACCAAAGCUGGAAUUGAACGCUGCCCUGCUUAGCUCCCGGAUCGCCGCAGCCAUUCAGAGCUCCCUAACACAUCCGAUCCAGCGACGAUUCUUCUGGACAGACAGCAGCACCGUGCGUUACUGGAUUAGAGCCACUGCAUCCUUUUACUAG